UUCGCUUCUUUUCGCGCAUGCGCGCUGUGUGGGAAAUGUGACCUUAAUGUUUAGGUUCAGGCAUCUACUGAGGCUUCGUGCUUCGAGUCCGAUCAGCCUUCGUAGCUCGGGUCAAGUUCAAAAAUCUUCUUAUGCCAUGGAUUUAGGAUCUCUUCGGAAAAACUACAGGGGGGACGAAGAGGCCUUUGAGGAAAAACAUCUCACCUCCCUUAAUCCCAUUAAACAAUUCUCCGCAUGGUUUGAAGAGGCUAUGAGGUGUCCGUCUAUUGGAGAAGUCAAUGCUAUGUGUUUAGCCACUUGUACCAGGGAAGGAAGACCUUCUGCUCGGAUGCUACUUUUGAAGGGAUUUAACCAGGAAGGCUUUCGUUUCUUUACCAACCAUGAGAGCCGGAAAGGAAGGGAAUUGGAUUCCAACCCUUUUGCUUCAAUGGUCUUCUACUGGGAGCCCCUCAAUCGGCAGGUGCGGAUCGAAGGCUCCGUAGAGAGGCUUCCAGAGCAGGAAUCAGAGAAAUACUUCCAUUCGCGUCCAAAGAGCAGUCAAAUUGGGGCUGUCGUGAGCCGGCAAAGCUCGGUGAUUGCAGACAGAGAGUAUUUAAGGAAGAAGAAUGCAGAGCUAGAAGAGAUGUACCGAGAGGCCCAAGUGCCUAAGCCAGCAUACUGGGGAGGCUACAUCUUAAAGCCAGAAGUCAUUGAGUUCUGGCAGGGCCAGACCAACCGCUUGCAUGACCGCAUCGUCUUCCGACACAUCCAGGCCAGCAGCGCAUCCUUGGAGCCUAUGACUCACAAAGGGGAGGGCAACUGGGUAUAUGAGAGACUCUCUCCUUAAAACAGCUUGCAGGAUUUGUCUUUGAAUAUACAUGGCAACAUCUCUGAUCCCAACCCUCCCCUGAGACAGAGCAGAUGAAGAACCAGAGGAUAAAAUCCUGGAUCUGCACUAGGAAGACCUGAAUUCAGAUCUCUGCUAGCCAUGAGUAACUUUGGACCAGUCCUUAACUAUCAGCCUAAUCUACGUCACAGUUUUUGUGAGGAUAAACUGAGGGUUUCCUCUGUGUAAACUAUCCUGAGCUCAUGGAGGAAUGCAAACGCAAUAAGCACUUUUGGUGCUUAAAGGUGGACUGCUACACAUUUUAAAUGAUUCAAAUCUAUUUAUGCAUUAUAAAAUCAUGAUUUUUGAGAAUUUAUAUGGAAAGGAUUGAAUUCUCAACAAGAACACCCCUGUUGAAACAAUGCUUCUCAGAGAUAGGGAGUGACAUUAGUGGGUGUACAUGAUAGACUGGGCUAAUUUUGUAGUUUACACUUAGCAGUUAAAUCUGUAUAAUUCUGCGUUCAGUUGGAAUAGAUAGAUUGAAUUUGGUUUUGCAAAAUGUCAUUACAUUAUCCAGGAUAUUAACAGGCUUCUGUUCUAGAGAGGCAGUUUGGUGUAGUGGUUAAAGGCACUGGGCCAGAAACUAGGAGACUGGCAUGAAACUAGCCGGGUGACUUGGUGCCAGCCACUCUCAGCCCUGGAAAGAAGGCAAUGACAAACCAUUUCUGAAAACUUUGCCAAGAAAACUGCAUGGACGUGUCCAGGCAGUCCCUGGGAGUCAAGACUGACUCGAAGGCACUAAAAGAAAAAGAAAAAUCAGUUCUAAAGUACAUAUAGUGCCCUUUGGCUCAACCCAGCAGUUAAGAUGCAUUGCAAGCAAUGUGGACGCUGGAGCCAUGAUUAGAACUAAUGGAAAAAACAAGAUUAGAUCAUCAGUGCCAAGUGCAGUAAUUGGCAUUUAUAAAAUAAUAAACGAGGAUAACAUGGGCUGUAAACUUCAGAAGAUGAAUUUCAGGGGUGGGAAUAACAGUUGGAAGGUCAGUCUUUUUGCUUCUGAUUUCAGUGAUCCCUGCCCAUGUUUUUAAACUUUUCAACCUGUAAAAUGAGAGGGCUGAGGUACCCAAGUCCCCUCUCACUAUGAUUGCUGAAGAUUGAUCACAGUUUCCUACCACUUUGAAGUAGGAAACACAAACACUGUACAGGGAGUUCCUGGCUUAAGAAUGCCUGGGUUACAGAUGACCCAUAGUUAAGAAUGGAGCCUAUUGUAGCAAAAUUCAAGUUAAAUACACAAC